AUGAGUUCUUUUGCGGCUAAGCGCAAAGCUAGGGUUAUCAAGGUGGAUGAUGAUGAAGGGUCGGACGGCAGCUCGUCGUCGGGUUUGGAUGCUCCUGGCUCCAAAGAAGAAACAACAAAACCUUUAUUCGGGAAGGGAGGACGAAAACCUUUGAGACAGUCGGGAUUGCGAAAAGCUUUCAACCCCGGAGAUGAGGAGAGCGCGGCGCCGACUGCAAGCACACCGAAUGACGAAGAGGACGAUGGACCGGUUGUCGUUCGACCAAAUCGACCGGGCGCUGGAAAACAAAAGAAGAAGACUCCUAAGUCGAGGCUAUCCUUUGGCGGCGAUGCUGAAAAUGGCGACUCUGAGGAGCUGGCCACACCAAAGAAGGUUCCACUUGGACAGAGGGCGCUUGAGAACAGUGCUGUGAAACGGGGUAUCGCUGUACGAAGUCCGCCGACUAGAUCUGGACAGGAUGAAGAUGAGGAAGAUCGCCCAAGAUACAGCAAGGAGUAUUUGGACGAGCUACAAUCCUCAACGCCGAGUACACCACGAGAUAUAUCCACGCUACAGAUAAGCGACGCAGACGAGAUGGAACUAGACCCUUCAGAGCUCGAGGGAGCUUUGGUAGUCGAAUACUCCGGGACGUCGUUACCAAAACAGGGUACACAAAUCCUUACAGAGGCGGAAAUACGUGAGAAAAAGGAGCGACGUGCUCGGCUGGCCCAAGAACAAGGAUUCUUGUCAGUAGAAGACGAUGACACCGACCCCUUUGGGCGCAAGGAGAAGGAUGAUGGCCGAUUGCUCGCCGAAGAUGAAGAUCUUGGAGAAGGAUUCGAUGAUUAUGUUGAAGACGGCGGUCUCUCCUUGGGCAAGCGAGCGGAAAAGGAACGCAGAAAAAGAGACCGCAAGCAAAUGGCGGAAUUGAUCACGGCCGCUGAAGGCCACAGCUCAGACGAUUCAUCGGACAGCGAUGCUGAAAGGAGAAUGGCAUACGAGGCGUCGCAAAGCAAAGCCGGUCUUGACGGUUUGAAAAAGCCCAAAAAGGACUCCUCACAGGAUUUGCUCCAGAUACCGCCAAAAAUCACACCUCUGCCAAGCUUAUCAGAGUGUUUGGCACGGCUCCAGGCCACACUUAAAGGAAUGGAGAGUGAUCUCAGCGCGAAAAACGCUCAUUUAGACCAACUUAGAAAAGAGAGGGAGGACAUCAUCAAGCGAGAAGCAGAGGUGCAAUCCUUGUUGGACGAAACAGGGAAGAAAUAUCAGGAAGCCAUGGGGCAGGGCAAGAUGGACCCCGAUGCCGCCGGUGCUACAGGCCCGAAUGUUGAAUUAGUUGGGGAACGAGGUCUGGAUAGUCUCGGAACAACGCCUAGAAGGCCUGACGAGCCUGAAAUGGAUAUAUUAUAG